ACAAAUCGCUGAGAAAUAUGUGACGGAAUGGAUUCGUAUGGGAGAAGACCCCUCUAAUAAACACAUGAAACUCAGUUAUAAUGACAACAACACCUGGUUUUUAAUGUAUAAUUUCUAUGCGGAUGUGCUUUUGGGCACUAAAUUGAUCCCCGAAUCGAUAUACAAACAACAGGACGAGUGGUACCUAACUGUGCAGAAUAAAUACGGCGUUCCCUUAAUGAGUGGUAACCCUAAUACUCUGUAUGACUGGGUUUUCAUUGCAGCCGCCGCCUCUACUAACGCCAAACUCCGACAGUCUAUGUUUGAUAGGACGGCCCAAUGGCUUAGGGAAACCUCAGUCCACGUGCCCUUCGCGGACUGGGUUGACACACAAACUGGUGGUUCCCCAGGAUUUAUCAAUAGACCGGUUAUCGGGGGUAUAUUCGCGCCGUUGACUAGUUGCAGUGCUGUUGACAACGAUGUGUUACCAUCAGUUCCCCUUGUGGUCAAAAGUCCAUACCUGUCCACAUGGAUGACCAGUCGGCAGUUGAUGGGUGAUUGGCCCCGAUUCUGGAACGGAAACAUUAAAGGUAUGGCCGGUUUGGUGAGAGUGAACGGACAGACCUACGAGUUUAUGGGUCACCCGACUGCAGAAGAUAUCGGUACUAAAUUGCAGGCCAAACAGGUGUCCCUUAAGGUGACUCCCACUCAGUCUAUAUUCACAUUCAAUGCCGGCCCCAUCGCACUGGCAGUCAAUUUCUUCACACCCAUCGACCCGACAGAUUUCAAGCGACUGUCACUCCCGGCGUCUUAUAUAUCUGUGAGCGCCUGGUCUCUGGAUUCGGCCACUCAUGAGGUUGAGGUAUAUCUCGAUAUAUCUGCCGAAUGGACGUCCGGUGACUCCAAUGAAGAGGUGGUUUGGGAAAUGAUGGAAGUCAUAGGAAAUAAAACCAUAAUCAUUGGUGAUAUGAGACUCAAGAAUCAAAAGACAUUUACUGAAAAUAGGGAUUCGGCUCAAUGGGGAACUGUUAAAUUCUUCACCGAUUCCACAGUCACUCAUGAGGCAAAUUCAUGCUUCACAAUGAGGUCGAAAUUUGUAAAGAAUGGCAAACUCGACAAUAUAGUUGACCAGAAAUUCCGCAAAAUUAGUGACAACUGGCCAGGCAUUGGAUACGCCCGGGCUAUGACGGCCAGCCCCUUGAAAAAUGCAUCACCAAAAGUAGAGUACUAUGGCAUCGCACACGUCAGGCGCCCCGCAAUUGAAUACACGGACUCCCAGUUGAAUCAACUCUGGGAAAGCUAUUUCAGUGGCGAUGACAAUAAAAUGGUGGACUUUGUAUAUGAGGACAGGGAGGACGCCCUAAAACGUGCCAAUGAUCUCGACGCUAAGGUUGAGGGCGACGCUAGAAAGGCUGGAGGGGAUAGUUAUGUGAAAGUAGUUUCGGCAGCACUUAGACAGGCUUAUGGCGGCACUGAAAUGGUCGGAACAGCUGCCAAGCCAUGGAUGAUGUUGAAAGAGAUCUCAUCGGAUGGCAACUGUCAGACAGUGGAUGUGAUUUACCCUCACUUUCCCGUCCAGUUAUAUAUGAAUCCAUCGCUUUUGAAAUACCUUUUGGACCCUUUGCUCGACAAUCAGGAGAGAGGGUUCUUCCCAUUGAAGUACUGUAUGCACGACUUGGGCAGUAGUUAUCCCCGUUGUAUUGGACACAAAGAUGGCAAACAAGAGGACAUGGAGGUCGAGGAGAGCGCCAAUAUGUUGAUAAUGAUGGGCGCGUAUGUGAAAGCCUCGAAAGAUAAGCAAUUUGCUGCACAACACUAUAAUAUCUCAAAACAGUGGACACAGUAUUUGGUGGAUCACGGGUUGAUCACCGGCGAUGCUCUAACCACUGAUGACUUUUUGGGAAAAAUCAAAAACUCGACAAACCUUUCGGCGAAAGCUAUUGUAGGCAUCGGAGCUAUGGCUCAGUUGGCGGAAGUGGUCGGCAAUCAUGACGACCAACAAAAGUAUAGACAAAUCGCUGAGAAAUAUGUGACGGAAUGGAUUCGUAUGGGAGAAGACCCCUCUAAU